GCAAUGAGAAUAUUGUCGACUCCUAGUCUUUGUAUACAGCUUAAUCUUUAUGCUAAAGAUCUCAUGAUUUAUUUUGUUCGAAAUUUUCAAAAACUUUACGGUUGCGAAUACAUUAAUCAUAAUGUUCACAAUCUCAUUCAUUUAAGUGACGAUGUUCUUCUUUAUGGAUCUGUAGACCAAUUUUCCGCAUUUAAAUAUGAAAAUUAUAUGAGUCACAUUAAAACCGUUUUGAAGACGUCUAAAUUACCGUUACAACAAUUUAUCAAUAGGGAAUAUGAAAAAAGAGAUCAUAUUAUAUCAUCAAAAUGUCAAAAAUCUACCAUUGAGUUGAAAUAUGACAACGACAUGUAUUUUGAGUCAUUGUUGCAAAACAAACUCGUAAAAAGUUUUCGCAAAAUAAAAUUUAAUAAUAUUGUUUUAGAUUGCGGACCCAAGAAUAAUUACUGUGUGACAAAGGACUGUAAAGUAUUAAAAAUUAAUAAAAUUAUUCAAUGCGUGAUAACAAAUGAAAUCUUUUUUAUUUGCCAACUAUUCAAAGCAUUUGAAAGUAGCUUUACAUUUUUCGAUUCUAAACGUUUUUACUGUGGAAAAGUGGGCCAACUUUGUGAGUCUUUUGAAUUGCUACCAAUCAAUGACAUUUUAACCAAAGGCAUUCUUUUUGAGAAUACUUUUGUAUCAUUUAUUAAUAAUAAUGUGUUUUGAUAUUUUUAUGUAGUUUGAAUUCAAACUGUAUAAACGUUAUACAGUCCUGCUAUAACUAGGUCUUUUGUUUAUAACGUCUAUAAUUUUUUUUGUGUAUUUUUUUGUUACAUACUUUUAAUGUCGUGUAAUAUACAUUUCCUCUAUGGGGUAAUAGAGUUUUCUUUGAAUGAUACCAUAUACGUUUCGAGUUGCCCAUUAUCGUGGGUAACAGGAGACGAAUGCAAAUGGCCAGCAAAAAAAGGUAUCGAGAGGAAGGCCAUUGCAAAUCAAAUGGCACCUGAAAAAGACUGGAUUACUCUUAAAAAUAUUUCAAUAUUAGGAAGAUAUGAAACUUAUAAGGAAGCAUUGUACUCCGAAAAAAAAAAGACAUUGACAUCUGAUGAAAGUGACGAAAACACAAAUAUGAAGAGAAAGAGUAAGAAAAACUCAAAGUACAAAGAUGAUUCGAUUUCUCCGCCGCCUAAACAUGAUAGUGAUCGUGAUGAUUCGACCUCAUCAUACCACUCGGAUCACUCACUGGAAAACCCAAACUUUGUAGAAGAGAAUAGUGAAUCUCAACAUUACAUGACAAACAAUGAAGUAUCCAUAGAACAGUUAAUAGACAAAGCAGACAUUACAAUAAUCAGCCAAAGAAAUUGUGACGAUUUAUGGAGUGUAGUGAUGGAAAUGAAAGUUCAACUUAAUCUGGUUUUGGAAAGACUUGUUAAUAUAGAAAAAAUGUUAGCUGAGGGUGGUAGUUUUGGAAUAUGUACUUCUAAUGCCAAUAAUAAUAAUCUUCCAAAUUUACCAUUAAGCACUAUGAUGGAGUUUCAAGAGUUAGAAGAGAAACUGGUCAAUGAUGAACGAAUGCAAAACUCUUUGCUUCAUUUUCUUAAAUUUAUUGGUGGGAAUGACAGCAAGUCAUGCACAUACCGCUGCAUUGGAAAGAUGUUUACUAAUUAUUUAGGACAAUUCUUUAGUUGGUCUGGAAAAGGUGGUAAUGUAAGACUAGCAGAUACUCAAACAAUUAAUGUAAUUAAACGAGCUGCAAAGUCAACAUUUCCGGAUCUAUCUGACCAUUUCUUUGAGGUGUGUGUGAGGGCUUGGUUUAAUCAUUCCAAAACCAGGUACAAUAGGGAGAAGCAAAAUGGAGGCAAUAACAACUAAUGUAACAAUGUUAUAUAUCACUAUAUCAUGUGUGGAAGAAAGGCUUAUGAAUUAUAAAUAAAUAAAUAU